AUGGAUCCAAAGCUUACAGGAAACGACUAUGUCCAGGAAACAAAAGCCUCCGAUGGCGAAGUCGAGCCAUCGAAGAGGAACUCUAUCACGGGCGAUGUCUUCGUCCACGACAAUGGUGCGGACACCGACCUUCGACGUAUUCUCAGCACCCGCCAUCUUACCAUGAUUGCGUUGGGUUCCAGUAUCGGCAUGGGAUUGUGGUUAGGUUCUGGUACAUCCUUGAUCAAAGGCGGUCCAGCAGGUAUAUUCCUAGGGUACUGUCUAUCCGGCGCAAUGAUCUGGGCCGUGGCACACUCCAUUGGUGAGAUGGCUGUCAUGUACCCGCUGCCUUCUGCCUUUGUUCAGUGGACGGGCAAGUUUGUGGACCCUUCUGCUGCAUUUGCUCUUGGAUGGGCAUACUACUUCUCUUUUGCCAUCACCAUUGCCAAUGAGCUAGCUGCAGCGAACACUAUUAUUAGCUUCUGGACCGAUAAAGUGCCCGUCGCAGCUUGGAUCACGAUCUGGUGGGCAGUUCUUAUACUCGUGAACGUUGGUGCUGUCACCAUCUUCGGCGAAGUUGAGGUUGUUUGCAGUGCAAUCAAAUUCAGCUGGAUCUUCGUGGUCAUCAUAUCUCUUAUUGUUGUAUCUGCUGGUGGUGGACCUAACCAUGAGUCGGUUGGUUUCCGUUACUGGAACGAUACGCCGUUCACAAAUGGCUUUAAAGGAUUCCUUUCAGUCAUGCCGACAUGUAUAUUCGCCAUGGCUGGAUCGGAAAAUGCUGGUCUUGUUGCUGCUGAAACUUUGAACCCACGCAAAUCCGUCCCACGUGCUGUUGGUUCCAUCUGGUUAAGGCUGGCACUUUUCUAUCUCCUCGGAUCCUUGAUGGUUACCAUCAACGUUUCGCCAUUUGACGAAGAUCUCUUCGGUGGGGUGGGGACAAAUGCGUCUCCUUUCGUCGUUGCAUAUCGUAAUGCAGGGAUCCCAGCCCUCGCCCACAUGAUGAACGCCAUCAUUCUCCUAUCGGUUAUCUCCUGCGGUUCCAUUUCCAUCUACGCCGGUGCCCGUACAGCAAUGGGACUGGCAUACCUUGGCAUGGCGCCCAAGCAAUUCAAAAAAGCCGAUAAACUUGGGCGCCCAUGGUGGGCUCUCAUCCCUAUCGUCGUCAUCGGUGGCGGUCUCGGCUAUCUCAACGUCAACAACUCAGGAGCAAAGGUCUUUGGAUGGUUAUCAAACCUAACUUCUUUAUUUACCCUAGCGGGCUGGGGAAUGAUUUGUCUCUCUCAUAUUCGCUUCCGGUAUGCCUGGAAGUUGCAAGGUCGCGAGGUUUCGGAGCUGCCAUGGAAAAGUUGGACAUACCCUUACGCGGCGUGGUUCGGCUUCAUCAUGUGCGUCGUGCUCAUUAUUGUCCAGUUCUACCUUGCAGUAUGGCCACUGGGUGGUACCGCAACUGCCGAGUCAUUCUUCGCAAACUACAUCUCGAUCCCUGUCCUGUUGGUGCUAUGGGGUGGCGCGAAAGUCUACUAUCGCGGCCGCAGAUGGGUCGACCUUAGUACCGUCGAUUUAGACUAUGGACGACGAUUCUACCAUGAUGAACUGGAUAAGGAGAAGGGUCAGAAGAAGGGUGUCAAGGGUGUUGCUUAUAAGACACUUGGUGCUAUCUUCAACUAG